AUGGAGCCGAUCUCCGCCGCCGAUAAGUCGGCGCCGACAUCGGCCGACUUUCCCCUUCGGGUGCAAAUGGGUCGCGGUCUCAGCUUCACCUUAGAGUGGAACGACUACGCCGUCCUUCGCGACCAAAAGAAAGAGUUCACCGAGAGAUGCUUUGGACUCGCCAUCAGGUUCGCUUGGUUUGACAUUGGGCGGGACGACCUGCGGUUGUGGGUGCUCGGGAUCGGCCCGCUUCGAUCGGCCAUGAAAGCCGCCGACCAUUCUUGCUUUGCUAUCCCGCUGAAAUCGACCGGCGGCCCGCUUCCAGGGUCACACUGCAGCGUCAUAGCCAUCCUCUACCCAGGAGAUGUGCUGAAGGCUGAGGGACAGGUCUGCAGGACAUCGAUCCGGCACAUCGACCCGCACACCGGAAAGGGGAAGCACCGCGACGAGGCCGUCCGCGUCCUGAAGCUAUUCCGCACGGCUGCCCUGGCCGAGCUGGGGCGUCCCGGUAGGAAGUGGGACGGGGCGCCUCCAUCACAAGCAGUGGUGGAGGAAAGGCUUGCAGACUGCGACGACCCUAUCCGCGACAAAGUGCCGGGCACAGUGUCGGACGGGCAUGUCGGCACCGGCAUGCUUGCCGCGACGUCGUUCGGGUGGGUGGCCAAGCAGAUCGGCCUGCUGACGGGCGACAAGGCUCGGAGCGCUGUGAGCAUCGAGAACAUCAAGGUCGCGGGUUUGAGGUCGCUCCGUGAUAGCAUGGUCGAUUACAUCUGCCAUCGUGUCGCCGAAAACCGGAUAGCGGCGCCGACUUCAGGCGCCGACGGACCCGCCGAGGGUGCGAUUGAUGACGACGGCGCGGAAAGUCAGACGGCGCCCCAAGCAGCAGCUGCCGCCCAGCUCCAGGAGGACUUGCCGGUGUCCGCGGAAGGAGGAACCGGUGGAGGACUAGGCGACGAUGCGGCAGGCGCAGGCAGGAAGGAAGAGGAGUUGACGGACUCUGGCUCAGAGUCGGAGUCGGAGGGGGAGGAGGAGGACGAAGGGGAGAAGGAGAAUGAGGACGAGGAGGAUGACGAGGGCAAGGACGAGAACGAUGAGGUGGUGGAGGUGGUGGCUGGGAAGGACGAGGCGGCGCACGAGGAAGGGGUGGAGGAGGAGGUGGAGUACGAGCUGGAGUACGCAGACGGCACGGUUGAGGCGGUGGGGUCGGCGGACGAGAAGAACGAGGAAGCGGAGGAUGGCGAUGCGGGUAAUGCUACGGGGUCGGCAGGUGAGGGGAAGGAAAAGGAUGAGGUCGGCGUGGAGGCAACGACGGAAACGGGCCAGGAGGAGGCGGCAUGCGAAGGUGCGAAGGUGUCGGUCGACGCCGGCGAAGGUGCGAACAUCGCGGGCGUGCAGGAGACGGGGGACGCAUCUGGUCGGCAGGGCCCUGCAACGGACGACGUCGAGGAGCUGCGACGGGAGAACUUGCUGUUGAGGGCGGAGAACGCUCGGCUGCAGGGUUUGCUCGAUGCGGAACGGGCUCGGCUGGACGCGUUUUUUGUUGGGCUACGUGGACUCGUCGACCACCUGAAGGAGUUGGCCGAGCAGGUCGACGACACCGAGAAGUAUGCGGCGGAACAGCUGCGAAACGCGGCGGAGGCCAUGUCGCAGACCAUCACGGGCAACAUCACCGGCAGCUUCGACGAGGCGUGGAAGACGAUGAAGACCUUCGCGGAACAGGCGUCGGCGUGGCUGGAGGACUUCGACAACCCGGAGGGAAAUGUGGCGUAUCAACGCGCCUUAGCGGUCACCACCUUGGCCGACCACGUCGACAAGGUGGUGGGCGAUGCGCAGGAGGAUUUGCGGGAGCACAUCACGAGCCAGUUGUCCGCCGCAGCUGUCAACAUCGCCACAGCUGUGACCGGCAGGCUCCCCGUGCAGCCGCCGCCACCGCCUCAGCCCACGCCGCCCGCCCUCCCGGAAGAGCUCUUGAAGUCGUUCAAGGCCGACAUCAUGAAGACGGUGACGGAGGCCACCGAGCAGUCGUUCGUUGCGUCCGGGAUGAAGAUGUUGACCGAGAUGAUCGGCACGGUGGCGCCUGGUCGACGUGGUUCGUCGCCUUCGGCCAAUGACGCCGACGCCGCGCAACAGAGGGCGGCCGACAAGCAAGGCCUGAAGAGGUCGGGCGACGGUGACGACAAGGAGAGCUCGAAGCGGAGCAAGGGAUCGGACGGGAGCCGCGUCACGAAGCCUCCUGCGCGGAGCGUGGUCGACAUGCUGAAGGCGAAGGGGUGGAAGGUGAGGGGAGGGUCGACCAGCAAGGGAAGCGGAAGCGGGGGGGCGGACGGGAGACCUGCCGACGGGAUCGCGGCUAACGUCGAUGCACCGCCUGGCCCGCCUUUGGACGCCGAGCAGACCCAUCCUCAGGCGAGCGGUGGGAAGGACGCGGCCCCCACUGCCCAGGCGGCGAAAGUCGGAGGCUUCGGAACCACCCAGGGGCCGUCUGACGCGGUGCCGGCCAAGGGCAAGGCGAUGUCUGCGUCUGCUACGGUCGCCGGAACCGGCACGGCGAAGGCUGCCUCUGCUUCAGUCCCCGGAACCGGCAAGUCGAAGGCUGCUUCUGCUACGGUCGCCGGAAGCACCAAGUCGAAGGCUGCUUCUGGUACGGUCGCCGGAACCACCAAGUCGACACCAUGUAACCCGCCUGCGGCAACCACCGGGCCCGCCGGCCAGACAGGUGCGGGGAAGCAUGGGGAGGCCCGUGCGGCCCCUCCAGCUCCAGCAGCCCCUACUGCCGCCAAGGUCGACGCGAAGGCUGCUUCGGCACAGGGGCCACCCGGGAGUAACGCGCUUAGGGUGUUGCUCCACCGCAUGGAGUCCCACCGCCCGGGCGCGCAGCAGCAUCAUGUGGUCGACGCCGGCCUCGCAGAAAUAUCACGUCGCUCCGUCACUCCGCACGUUGCCGGCAAACCGUCCGAUGCCCAAUCUGCCGCGCGGCCGGUCGCCGCCCCACCGCCUGCGGACCCCAAGUCCGCGUUUCUUCGCGCCCAUAUAGGCGCACGCAAAGCGGCAGCUCCACCAGUCACUCAGCCGGAACCCGGCACAAGCGCGACGCCGACGGCUGUAAAUGCGACCGCAUCCUCCCCAGGAGCAGCUGUGGUCGAUCUGGCGGCGGAGAGGGGAGUCAGUGCAGCGCUAGCCACCGGCGGCCGCGCCGACAGGCAUGCCGCCCUCGAAUCCGUCCUGGCCCAGUUUGAGGCAGCAAAACGGCCCGAGCAUGCCCCGGCACUGGCCAUCGUGGACACGGCGCAUGCGGAGCCGUCGGCGACCAACACAGGGGGUUCGGCGGAGCCGACGGCCGCAACGGGUGUUGUCGCCGAGGAAAAUGCGGGACGGAAGGGUAAGGACGACACCGGGAAAGGGAAGGCGGUGUCGGCGGGGAAGGAGAUGGCGGAAGACAAAGGGAAGAAGCCGGCACGGAAGACGGGCGGCAAGGGUAAGUCGGCAAAGAAGAAGGAGGAGGAGGAGAAGGAGGAGGAGGAGGAGGAGGAGGUGGGGGAGGGGAAGAGCAUGGACGCCGGGAAUCGGUACAUCGGCAAGUCCCGCGACAAGAUGGAGCUGGCCUACGAGCACGCGAUUGCGUACUCCGUCUACGACGGCUACGUGAGCAAGGUGCUCAUGAAGGAGCUCACCGCCUUGAAGCCGGGAGAGUUGGAUGAAUGGAAGGCGGUGUGGGAGGAGGUCAAAAUCCUGCCGACCGGGAUGUGGACGGUGAUGUGGGCCAGAGGCUUGUGCCAUCCGAGAGCAAGGUUCGACGACAUACUCGGCAGGUUCCGUGGGUACGCAGGUUCGGGUGAUGCGCUUCAUGGCGUGCUCUGGCCGGCGAUGUGGUUCCCCAUCAUCGAGGACACGGAGGAAGGCAGGGCGGAGACAAAUGCAAACAUGUCGGCGAUGGUGAAUCGCGUGUCGAUGUGCGCGGCGUAUGGAAAGGUCGCGGCGAGAGUCGCGUAUGGGAAGGUCGACGGGAGCGCGGAGGCGACCGCGGGAGAGACGACGGAUAUGGAAGGCGCGGACAGGAAGGCGGACGAGAAGGUGCAGAUGGGGGCCCAGGCGUUAGCGGCCUCUGCAUGCGCCCUCUGGUGCUACAUGUCGACGCCGGCGUCGGUGCUCGGUGCUGUGGGCGAAGGUAAGGCGGCCGCGAUUCUGGCAGGUGCGGGGAAGGAGAGGGGCGAGCACUUCGCGAUGGUCAUGCACGUGGUUAUCGAACACGCACGCACUCGGCAGGCUCCCGCGGGGGAGGUUGCACAUAACGUCGCGCCAGAGCUGCAGCGCUAUGGAGUGGCCAGGGCCUUCGAGGCGGGCAUUGAGGAAGACGAGGCCGACAUGAUCGCAAGAGCGACGGUCGAGACCUUGGCGUUCUGGGGAAUGUGCCCCCUCGACGGGCCCAAGCUCAAAGCGGAGGGCAUCGAUGUGCCGUGUGACGCGAAGAUGGAGUACGACUUGGAUCACAGGGGGAGGAAGGGGGAGAAGGUCAAGCAGGCCAAGGGCAGCAAGAGGAAGAGGUAG